AUGAAGAUGGACGCAAGUACGCAGACGGAUGAAGUGGUGCGCAAGCAUUUCAGCCAGCAGACCGACGGAGAAAAGGGGAAGUGGGUGAAUGAAGAUAAGGAGGUGGAGAUAGUGCAGGAGAUAAAGGGAAGGAAGGAUGAGGAUGACAUUUCGAUCAUCGCGGUGUUUCACCCGAUAUCGUCGAUGAAAAAGAGGACGAGAGAUGUGAAGACGCAAACCGCAUCUUCAACAAAGGAGAAGGGGAUGCAGACGGAGUGGAUGCUCCAUGUGAUAGAGAUCGAGGAGUCACGAAGGUCAAAUCGCGACCUGCUCCUUCGCUUUAUUAAGCGCCAAUGGAACCUGAUUGAGGUAAGGGAGGCAGUUAAGGUGCCGGUCAUGCUUUCCCCUAUAAGGGAGUUCGAGGAAAAGGCGGAAGAGUGGAAAACAUGGGGAGCAGGAGAGUUUAGGUGGGAUGACAACACCGAGAAGAAUGAAAACAAGAAGAAAAGGACCAAUGAUGACAGGGAAAAGAAACAAACAAAGAGGAUAAAGGAAGAAGCGGAAAGAAAAGACAAGGAGAACAUAGAAAACAAAAAUGACAACAAUAACAUUGGUAACAGCAAGCACGAAAGAAAGAGGACUAACGACAAGGAGGAAAGACAAAUAAAGGAGAUAAUAAAGGAGGACAAAGGAAACAACACUAACAAUGACGUUAACAAUGAAAAGAAGAGAAAAAGAAACGACGAUGACGGACAAGCAAAUACGAAAAAGAUAAGGAGAGAGAUUAAACAAGAAGAUCUCGACACGUUAAAUGGAACGAAUUGGUUGAACGAUGAGAUUGUCAACAAUUACAUGGAUUUAAUCAAAGAUGACAAAACGUACGUGAUGAACUCUUUUUUCUUCCCACGACUUUACCUUAACGGCUACAACGCGAUCAAAAGAUGGACUAAUAAAGUCAAUAUUUUUAAGUACGAGAGAGUGAUUGUCCCAAUCAAUUUGGGCAAUCACUGGUGUCUCGCGGUUAUCAAUCUUCUUAAAAAAGCUAUCGUUUAUUACGAUAGUUUCGGACGAGACAACCCAAAAUAUUUGCUUACCCUCCGGGAAUAUCUGGUAGAGGAGGCAAAGAAUAAAGGAGAAGGACCAAUUAACGACAAGGAGUGGAGUUUGGCUACGAAGAGGGAUAUCCCUCGCCAGACGAAUGGAUACGAUUGUGGAGUGUUCGUUUGCCUCUACGCGAAACACGAAAUCGCCAACAAGGAGAUGAGCUUCUCGCAAGAAGGGAUGUCUCAAAUGCGCGAGUUAAUAAGAAGGGAAUUGGAGACUGGAAGCGUCGAAAUGUCGACUUGA